AAUGCAUGAUCAGUCUUCAAAAGCAGUUGCUGAGGACAGAAUGCAGAGAAGCGCAGAACUCAACACCAGCCAUUACAAGUACUGGAUUUAAUUGGUCAACCCUCAGAAUGACUUUGCUGAGCUGUAUCAUCAUUCAGAUACUCUGGGCUUUCUCUGCUAAGGGACAAGCUCCAGCAUGUGAAGAGCCGCCUGCUAUUGAUUUUGGGGGGAUUGUUAGUGAUGACAAAUUGGAGUAUAAGGAAGGUGACAAAGUGCAAUACAAGUGCAAUCCUGCAUACAGCCUGAUGGGAACUGAAUGGAUCACAUGCAGUGGAAAAACCUGGACACCUGCACCACAGUGUUUGGCACCGUGUAGUCUCACAAAACAGCAACUGGAGACCAAAAAUCUACUUCUGUCCAAUAGGCGAAGACACGCACAAUUGAUUCAGAGUGAGCACACACUGGAAUUUAUGUGCAGUGAAGGAUAUAUCCUCACAAUCCCUUCAGUCAGGAGGUGUGUUAAUGGGCACAUGGACUUGCCUUCAUGUAUCUCUGAAACAGGAAAAAACUGUAGCCGUCCACCUACUAUUGAGAAUGGAGACAUUACUACUUUCUUGGAAAAAGCAUACACAUCUGGCUCCUUUGUAGAAUUCAAAUGCCAACAAUUUUAUGCAACGGAAGGACAGAACAGAUCUUUUUGUGACAAUGGGAAUUGGACAAAAGCACCACUUUGUUUAGAGCCAUGUGCUAUCUCAGUGAAAGAAAUGGAAAACCAGAUGGUAGAGCUGAAUGGGAGACCAAAUGAGAACAUAUCGCAAUGGGUGUACCUAAAACGUGGUGAUUUUCUCGAGCUUCGCUGCAAACCAGGAUAUGUACUUGCAACUAAUUUAUCUCAAUCUACUUUUAUGGUGCAAUGCAAUGGAAAUCCAAUUGUCUAUCCAGAAUGCAAAGAAAUUGUAUGUGAUCCUCCAGGAGUGGUUAAUGGUAGAUUCAGACCUCAAAGGAACAUGUAUAGGGAUGGUGAUGUCCUUAUAAUUAUGUGUAAUCAUGGAUUUCACAUUAAUAAUGAACAAGAUACAGCUGAAUGCACAAAGAAUGGCUGGUUGCCUCCUCCAGGAUGUAGCAAUACACCAUGCCAAGGUGUUCCAGAUGUUUUCAAUGCUCAAACUGAAGGUAGAGUGAAGGAUAGUUAUGAACCUGGUGAAACAGUACGUUAUCAGUGCCAUUCUGGUUUUAUUAUAAGAGGAUCACCAGAUGUUACAUGUAGAGCUGGGAAGUGGACCCAAAAACCUGUAUGCGAAGAUGCAACAUGUAGCGCUCCACGUAAAGUUCUCAAUGCUGAUAUUGUAAAUGAUAAGGAGGGAAGGUAUCUGCCUGGUGAUAGAGUGCAAUAUAAAUGUAGGGAAGGAUUUGAAAGUAUGGGAUUGAAUUAUGUAAUUUGUGAAGAUGGAGAAUGGUCACAACCACCAAUUUGCGAAGAUAUGAGAUGUGGACCUGCACCAGACAUUUCUGAUGGUAGGAUUCUAGGUGCUAGGCAGCGAAGGUAUUUCCCUGGCGAUAGAGUACUUUAUCGAUGUACACAAGGUCUGAGCCUUAUUGGGUCUCCAACUGUAACAUGUAGGCAAGGGAAGUGGUCCCAAACACCAGAAUGCAGAGAGGCUGCUGGAAAGUGUGGGCCCCCACCUACUACUGAUAAUGGAGACACCAUUGACUUUGCACAGCCAGUAUAUGAAUCAGGUUCAAGAGUGGAAUAUAGAUGCAAAAGUUUACACAUAAUGAGCGGAUCUCAAUAUGUUCACUGCGAGUCUGGCCAAUGGACAAACCCACCAGUUUGCUUAGAGCCAUGUACAGCAUCCCCAGAAGAGAUGGAGAAAAACAAUAUUGUGCUGAAAUGGAGGGAGACCUCUACAUUUCUUGCAGAAAGUGGAGAUGUUAUUGAAUUUAACUGUAAAAGGGGAUAUGAAAGGGAUCCAACAUCUUCUUCACUUAGAGUAGAGUGUAUGGAGGGGAAAUUAGCAUAUCCUAAAUGUAAGAGAAGAGGUACUUCAGGAUGAAUAAAAAGAAGAAUCAAGCAGAUAAUUUUAACUCUGAUCUGAGGAUCAAAAUCCAUUGACCAGUUAUUUGUAAUGUUCACAUAUUAUGUCCUUUGUCAGUAUUUUAGCUUAAAUUGAUUAUAUGUAUCAGUUCAAUACCUUUUUUAUCAUUGUUAACAAUGGUUUAAAAUAUACAAUCAUAAAAUAGUAGCAACAGAUGGGCAAAUAUGUUCAAACUCAGAUCAAACUACAGCUUUUUAUGAUAUUUGGAAAAAGAAACUUUAAGGGGAAUUGUACAUAUCUGCACAUCCUGAAUUACACACUUCUUGCUCGCUGAAACAGAAAGCAGCAGUAUUUCCCUCUGGCCCAAAUCAGGAACUCCAGGAAGUCUCAUUAGAAACAUUAAUCUUGAGAGAUUUUUAGCCUAAUCACCACAUCAGAAAGUUUGGGAUAUGCAUGGAGGCUUUUUUGAGUUCUGCCCAUCACUAUUAGCUGUUGGUGAUCAUUCUUCCAAAUGUUUUAGGCCAUGCAACCAAAAAAUGCUCCUGUCAUUUAGCACAGUUGUACUGAAAACAUUGACUUCUCUGGUUAAAGUUGAAAUUCAUAGCGUCUUUAAUUUUAAAAGGGAAAAAUAAUUAAGAUUUGUAUGAUUAAUUUACCACUCUUCUUAAAAAGUCUAUUAUUUGGACUUUUCAUGUUUUUGAUUAACACCAUCAUCUGAAGUGAAGAGGGAAGGAAUCUUAGGAUUUGUUAAAAAAAUGGAGACAAAGAUGAAAGCCUGCAGCUAAUUUGAAUAUCAACAUGACACUAUGCAUUUGGC